AUGUCCAUGGGAGCCCUGCUCAACGACCGGCUGCCCCUCUGGCGCGCCGCGGACGAGCUGGAGGUUGAGAUCCUAAACCCUGAUCCGGACUACGGGCCGGACUACUUGGCAGAUCCUCUGGUGGUCAAAGGCAAGAUCGCGGUCUGCACCCUCCACUCCAUCCUCACGGCCGCCACGCUCCUGAAGACGCCGGACGCCGCGGCGCGGCUGGCAGGGGUGCCCCUCUUCUUCACCGCCUGCGAGGGCGACAGGCUGACGCCCGCGGCGGACUUGCUGCAGUUUGUGGACCUGCUAAGGGAGGCGGGGCACGACAACCUCACGCUUGAGCUGCUGCCAGGCGAUCGGCACGACCUGCUCUCAGGACGCGACGGCCCCGCAAAUGCAGCAGGCAUUGCCAAGUUCAUAUCUAAGAACAUCUGA